CUUCCACGUAGCGAAAAGGAAAGUAGAAAAUGUUGAAUUUUACAGAGAGAAUAAACGGACCAAAAGGCACACUUAUUUGUUAUAUAUUACUAUUAUAAUAUUUCCCUGAAAUGUUGCUCUGAGCUAAAUGCAUUUGAGAUUUAUAUUAUAUUCAACGUAUAUCUAGGUGUUGUGAACCAUCACCAAUUAUGACAAAUAGUUCGAAUUUUGCACUCCGGUUUUCAAGGUAUUUUGACAAUUCCAAUAAUGAAGAUGACUCAUUACCUAAUGCUGCUAAAAUCUGGAUUGUUAGAAAAUUUUCCGAUCCGGGCUAUACAAGGAAAAAGAAAAAGAUUGUCAAGCUUUCAGUCCACAGACUUGACGCAACAUCCUAUGUGCCUCAAGAGACGGAGACUUUUAUCUCCGACACUGUAAGUAGUGAAAGUGAUGGAUCAUCAGAAAGUGGUGAUACUGCUACAAGUUUUUCUGUAACAUCAGAGCUCCAGUCCUUAGAUAUCAGUCCUUUAUACAGUAGAACGGAUGUAGACCCAGUUGCUACCUUAGUGGAUGAUUUUGCAAAUGUUCAGCAAAAGGAAAAUCAAGAGCCGGUCAUCGACCCACCAACAGUGGAUAAGUUAGUUACACCUUCAAUAUCGUUAGAUGCUAUAAAAGGCGAACCACGAAUUAUAAUGUCUGUUAUUGGUGAAUACAACAAACUUGUGCAUGGUUAUAGUAAAAAGAACAAAGCAAUUUUAGUGAAUUCAUUCAAGAAUAUCAGUAUACGAGCUGGAAGUAUGUAUUUAGUUAAUAUCUACUGUAUUUAA